AUGUGGUGGUUUAUCAGCGCUUGCUCAAGCGCCAUCUUUCUGCUCAGCAUCGUCCUCUCAAUACCCAUCGCCUUCGACGUCGGGGGCCGCGAUGCCGGCUUGGCCUACUCGCUUGCCCUUUUCCUCUUUUACUUUUUUUACAGCGUCGCCAAGCUCCUAACACCGGAAAAGUCGCGGAUACGAUGGUUCUUUACGAAUCUGGUGGGCUUGUCGCAGUGGCUCGUCCUACCGGCGCUGCUGAUCUGGGCCCUAAACCGCUUCUCGGUCGAUGCCGGGAACGCCAGCUGGGUAUCGCGCACCUUCUCGCAUAUCACAUCGACACACCACAAGACCUGGAAGGAGUGGUUCUUUGGUCAGGAGGGGUUCGUCGAGACGGUAGCACUGGGCGCAUGGGAUAGCACGCUGAGCUACUCGAGCCCCGUCUUCCAGAUGCUCGAGGGCUUCUGCAGCUUGCUGGUCAUCCAGGCCGCCGGCCAGAUUACGAGGUGGCUCGUCAACCGCGGGCGAAGUGACACUUGGGUGAUCCUGCUCCUCGUGUGCUCGGGCUCCAUCAUCUCCAGCGCCGUGUACUUUUUGUGGCGUGUGAUUUCCUUCCCGCAAGUUAGCAACUUCGAUGCCACUCUGAUCGGGGUGGCCAUGACGUCUGCUGCCUUCCUGUGCGCCUACGGCAUUGCCAGCGGACGCGGGAACCCGGUGGAGUCCUCACUCCUGUUUGCGUACGCCGUCCUCUGCGUCUACCAGAUCUUCACCGACUAUCAGCCCUCGCCCGAGGCCGCCGCGGCGGCCGAGCAAGCAGCCGCAGGGCAGCCCGACUUCCCGCCUCUGCCUCCCAUCAUCAUGGCCUCGUACUCGACCUUGAUGCACAUGUUGAGCAGUCUCCCGUCGGCCGUCAACUCGUCGUUCCAGUUCCUCUACGCCGCGUUCCAGACCAUCACGCCCAGUGUCAUCAUCUCGCUGACGUACCGCAUCAUCGUGUUUUAUUGCGCCACGAGGAUCAUUCCAGCCGUCAGGGAGCUGGGAGCGACGGCAAUCAUGGAGGAGCCCACUCUCGAAGACAGCGACGGGGCGAACCGCUUGAUUGGGUUUCUGAGCUGGUUUUCGCCGUCGAUGCUCAUCGCUGUCUACACCAGCCUGCUACUGCAGCACUUUAGCGUCUCCAGCGGUGACGAGGUGGGGUGGACGUUGCGGGCGGGAGACGCCGGGGGAAGCACAUGGCGGUGGGUCAACCUUGCGGCUACCAUGGGGCUGUAUGCCGUCGAGCUGUACCUCGGCGGCGAUGGGGACGGAGGCACUCAUUGGAAGACCGACUAG